AUUUUAAAGCCGAAAGUGAAACAGGGUGGGCGCGCGCGAGUCGAUCUUCCAUGGCCUCGCCGCCUCCGCCGCCGCCAUGCGAGAUGGCGGAGAUGGAGCUCGCCGCGGCACAAGCCCUGGCUCACCUCGCCGGUGCAGCGGCGACAGAGAGCGGUGGCGAAGGCAGUAGCUCAAGGAAGCGGAUCAAGAGCGAGUCGCCUCCUAUGGCUCAGCCACGCAGCGUCCACUUCCGGGACCAGGAGGUUACGAGUUCAGCUCCUGGCUGUAGCCGAGAUUACAUUGCUGAUAAGGUAGAAGAAUUGAUAGACAUCAAUCAAAAUUUUGAAAUGAUCAAAUCGAGUGUCAAGAUCCCAAGUACAAGUAGUCCCUCUUCUUCACGCAGUACCAGAGUGAAGCAAAAUUUGACAGAGGCUGAAAAGGAAGAACGGAGAUUGCGCAGAGUCUUAGCUAAUAGAGAGUCAGCCAGGCAGACCAUUCGUCGGCGUCAGGCUCUUCGAGAAGAAUUAACGAAAAAAGUGGUUGAUUUGUCAAUGGAAAAUGAGAAUAUGAAAUUGGAAAAAGAUUUGGCUAUGAAAGAGUACCUUUCACUUAAAGAUGCAAAUGAAAAAUUAAAAGAACAGAUUGCCAGGGCUAUGAGGUUUGAGGAUGAGAAAAAUCCUGAUGUGACGACAUCUAAGUCAGAAUCUUCGACGCCAUUGAUAAGCAAGCCUCAGCUUAUCACCUAUGAGAAAACACCUGUCUUAUCGGUUAUGUAUCCUCCUCGGCCUUUCAUCCCUCAAGACGCAACUGUUUUUGAACAAGGUGGUUCUAGCUACAUAAGUGGAUCAAUGCCAUCCCAUUACAUGCCUUGUUCUUGGUAUUACCCCCUUCCUCGUGAAGUCUCUGGAUCAACAAUGUAUUCUGAAUCGACCCAAAGCAAAGAUGUGGAACAAAUUGGCAGCGAGCUUGAAUUAAAGCAACCUCGCAACCAACUGGACGUGAUGGAAAGGCUCUCUUUGCAAGGAGUUCGCCGAGCUCCAAAGGAUCCUGCAACUAUUGUUGCUGCUAAAGAGGUCCUUAGGCCUUCUCCUGAAAGACCUACUUCAUGCCAUGAAAUUUCUUUGUGCCAUGAUAAAGAUAAAGAAAAAGAUAAAGAUAUAGCAGAAGAAUUGCAGGGUUAUUGUACAUGGCCUCCUGAUAAAGUAUCAAGUUCGAUGACGGCAACAACCAGAACUGCAGCGGAUGCGAGAAAGAGAAGGAAAGAAAUAACUAAGUUAAAACAAUUGCAUGGAAGGCACACAGGAUGAACAGCUGAAACCCCAAAUUAGUAUUCAUGGGUCUGUAUUUAUCUUCCCUCUUAGGCCAUUAGUUUGAAGGUAUACAAUUGGUGCUAGGUUUACUAGUAGUGAUAUCAUUAUGAUAUUGGUGCGUGUUUUUGCUCAUGUUACUUGGAACUAUGCUUUCCAAUACACAAACAAUUGGCUAGAUAUGGAUAGUAGAAGUCUGUU